AUGUUAGGUAUACGUCCAACAGUGUUCCGUACCCCGAUCCAAAUAGCAAAGAAUCAAAAACGUCAAGCUAGUCAUGGACCGACUUACAACCCUCCAUCGGGUUAUCUAUUCGGCGAGCGUCCUGUGAAAGGACAGAAAAGACAAAGAGAAUCAUGGGAACUAAUCUAUUACUUUGGUCUUUUCGGAGGGAUGGGACUAGCAGCUGUUUUACUGACUUAUAAACCCGACACUAGUAUCCAGACGUGGGCUUUGGAAGAGGCUAGAAGGCGUAUGGAAGAGCGUGGGGAGAAAGUGGAAUAUAAGCCUUCGAGGGGGUAA